ACAAAUUUUCUUCCUGCACUUAGAAAUGUUAGUACUCAAAACGUGCGACCAAUAGUGAUGGUAUUGAACUACGGUCACAUCUAUUUAGGAAUGAUGGGACUCCCGAUGAUAGUUGUGCCUCAGGGGAUCGAGACUAAAGGUCAGAUGUCAAUUGUUAGCUUACGGCCAAGAUAUCCUGCAUUGCACAUGAAUGCAUUCAGGAUUUCUAGAAGCGAUGAAUGCUUAAUAGUGAAAGAUUGGAGGAAAAUUGUUAAUGAUCGCAGAGAAGUACUAGGGUGCAGCAAUGAGAAGCGCGGCCCACGAUUAGGACACAGGUUCAUCGGCAUGCUCCAGUAUGAUCAAUCAGGAGAGCUAUACAUGUUCUAUGCUAUUUUACCAGAGACAGAGAGAGUAGCUAGCAGGAGUGAUUUAGCUAGUUCUUCAUGCUGCUCUUAAUUAGUACUUGUCCUUUCAUGUCCGUGUUUUU